UUCCAGGAGUGUGUCACCACCACACCCAGCCCAGCACCCAGCCAGCAGCGACCACUGGUUCCCAGUCUGCAGCAGAGGCAGCAGGCGCGUCUCCACCUGAGCGUCUCUCGGAGCGUCUCGGAUCCAGAUUGGCUCAUCUGCUCCAUCUGCGCUCCCGCCGGGGAACCGACUCUGCCAUGGGGAACCGCACAGCCCCGGCCCCCUUCACGCUGCUCGGUGUCACGCUGAUCUGGCUAUAUGUGCUCAUCAAAACUGCAGACAGCGCCUCUCUCGCUGCAGGGCAGGGAGAAGAGCGCCAUCACGUGGCGAAGCGGUCGAUCAAGCCCUGCGAGAGUUCAUUCGACAGCUUCUGCCUGAACAAGGGCCAGUGCAUGCUGCUGGUGGAGAUGAAUGAGCACGUCUGCAAGUGUGAAAGGGGCUUCAAUGGCCCCAGAUGUGCCAUGCCGGAGCUCGUUGUUAGGCCAAUGGGUGAAGAGCAAGCCCUCAUGAUUACUUUCACUGUGGGUCUGCUGAUGACAGGUCUGGCUGGUGCUCUGUACUUCUUCUGCAAGUGGUAUAGGAAAAACAAAUACCCGCACCAGCAGAAGCAGCAGAAGCAACAGAAGCAGCAAAAGCAGCAGAAACAGCAGAAGCAGCAGAAGCAGCAGGGUUACAAGGGAGUCCAGAAGAUUUAAAUGCGAUAUGGGCUCGCCCACGUCACCUGUUACAGGAGCAGGACUUUCUCUUUAAUCUAAAAGUAGCAGACAAAAACAAAACCUGGGGCUGGUUUACAGCAAUGUUCCUAUUUUAGCUCUCUACGUCACGCAGCUUUAUCGGGCGGGCAGAUAUUCACAAAGAGAUUAAAACGGUUAAACAAAAACAGCUUUUAUGUGGCAUAACUGGUUCUUAAGUUUCAGAUUGAAAGGAUGAAUAGCCAAACACACAAAAACGGUGUGUGCGGGCGAAACCACCCAUAUGGUGGUGGAAAAUCCAUAGAAAAGAUUAAAUGUGAGGGGUGAGAUGGACUAGUGAAUCUGUAGUGACUUGUUGUGAUUCAUUCUUUCAGAUGUUAUGCCUAAUUUGUUAAACCUAGUGAUUUGUUUUACAUGCAAGAAGCCAUAACUUUCAAUGAAUUUGACGGACAGUCAUUUUUACUGUGUUUACUAAAGUUAAUAAUGCCUCAGAUUUUUUUUCUCAAAUAAAAAGUUUGUCUUUUUUGCCAGAAUGCAAAAAGAUAGAUAUUAAUUUUGCAUUUCAGAGGUCCUUAAUGAAGUUCAGAAAAGCUUAAAUCUGUCUGAAAUAAAGUAUAAUAGUCAGCUUUCAUCUGCCUGCCUUCUGAACUUUAAAACUCAUUUAUCAUUCAUGUGUAGCCCGGUUAAACGUUAUAUUUAUUAUGGUCUUUUGCCAUUUGCAGUUUACCAUUACAACCUUUUUUAUUUUUUUAUAAUUUCUGCCUCUGAAGUUGUAGCGUAGCACAACAGCUCUGUUUUAUUACUUGAAAUGUUGUUUAGUCAACUAGUAUUUCUGAUGCAAUACCUUAUUUUAAAGUAUUAUUGUAUACAAUGGAAUCCGUUAUGUUUUAGAAACUCUUACAGCUAAUUAUAAAAAGAAAUAGUUUUUUUUUUACACCUGUAUAUGACAUUGCCUUCAGUCACAUGAUAAAGGUACAACGGAGAGUCUUGGCAUUCUUGUCAAGCUUUCAUGCAGCUCUCACAUUUAUGCAUGAAAUUCUUGCAAUGGUAGAAGUAGCUGUCCUUGUGGGAGGACACAUCUCUGAGAUAAAAAAGAAAAACAUCAAUUAAAUAUAUCAUUUCAGAUUUGAAGUGUGUGCUCCCUUUAUUUAUUACAAUAACUCUCAACUUUCUUACAUUCUUCCUUAUUUCAUUUUCUUAUUUGCUCUUGACAUUAAGCUUGAAUA